AUGGAGAAAUCCAAAAACUUUCGCAUUGACGCUCUUUUGGCGGUCGACAGUCCCAAAGCGCAGACCUCUCCUCUGGCUCUGGUCACCUCCUCAUCCUCCUCAUCCUCCAUCUCCAUCCCGUCCUCUGGAAGCGUCGCCGCCUCCGAGCUCAGCAGUUCCGGCGAGCCUUUACGCACGGAGACGCCGUCCCCGCCGAGGAUCUCCAGCCACGGCCUGAUCCCCAAGCCGGGCUUCCUGGGCAGCGCUCACGGCCUGGUAGGAUUACACCCGCCCAGCAGCGCGGGCAUCCCGGCGCAGGCGCUGUACGGCCACCCCAUGUACACCUACUCCGCGGCCGCCCUCACGGCCCAGCACCCGGCCCUGUCCUACUCGUCCUACCCGCAUCACCAUCACCAUCAUCAUCACCAGCAGCACCACGGCGGAGACAUCAAGCUGACGGCCAGCACCUUCCAGCUGGACCACUGGCUCCGGGUGUCCACGGCCGGCAUGAUGCUGCCCAAGAUGUCGGACUUUAACUCCCAGGCACAGUCCAACCUGCUGGGCAAGUGUAGAAGACCAAGGACGGCCUUCACCAGCCAGCAGCUCCUGGAGUUGGAGCACCAGUUCAAACUCAACAAAUAUCUCUCCAGACCCAAACGCUUCGAGGUGGCCACGUCCCUCAUGCUCACCGAAACACAGGUGAAAAUCUGGUUCCAGAACCGCCGCAUGAAGUGGAAGAGGAGCAAGAAGGCCAAGGAGCAAGCCUUGCAGGAGGCCGACAAGCAGAAGGGCAGCAAGAGCAAGUGCGAGCAACAAGAGGUGGACUAUGAGAGCAGCAAAAACGGCAGAAUCAGAGACUUGAAGGACAGCGACGAGGACGAGGACGAGGAGGCCGAGCGCUUCCUGUACAACUCCUCGGACUGUUCUUCGGACGACGAGAGGAAUCGAACGUGUGGCCUCAGCCCGCAGCCUUGA